AUGUAUCUUUUGAGCUGGCUUUUCAAAAACCCCCCUCUGCCCAUGGCGACCAUGGAAGAGGUACCAUAUCGGUCCCCCGUACCCCUUCAAUGGGAGCUGGCUCGACAGACCGAAAUUUUCCUCGAAGAUAGCCUAUGGCCCCAAGCAUAUAGCCUUCUCUUCAAUGUCCUUGCAUCGGGAACUAUCUCAUCAACAAAAGCAGUGAUUCCACUACCGCAGCAUCUGGCCGUUGCAGGUACGAUGCUCGUACACCCAAGAACAACAACGCGCGCCGAAUCCGAGUAUGAAAAAGAAGCACCCAAUGCAGCUUUGCGAUUUCUUCGAUUGACGAAUUCCCUUGUUGGUCCCAUGGAUGCAAAGUUCAAUCUUGCUUUCGGCUUCACCCACUUUGAAUCUUCGCGACAGGGUAGACGGCGCGGGGAAAGUCCGAUGGUGGUUGAGGAUGGCAAUCCUGAUACUCGGCCUCUAAAUACGAAAUUCAACCAAGAUUCUUCAGUGUGGAGCUGCGCAGAGGACUUCUGGCACGCUGUCGGAUGGGCAUUUAAUUGUUCGGUACUUCAUCCGGCCCGGUGGGAGCGCUGGCAGAUAUGGCUCCAGUUUAUGUGCAACGUACUCGAAGAUGAUUGGAAAGAGCGCGAAAAGAAGUACCUAGAGGCAAAAGAAAACCAAAGGGAUGCCUCAGUUUGGUCAGAGAUGUCUGAGAUGUCACAGACGUCGGAGAGGGAGGGCUCACAGGGCGCUGAACCAGCCAAGAAAGAAAGCCGCAAGGGCAGAAGGCAUAAGACGAAGGUAGUGGAGGUACACGAUGACCUUGGAAUCUUUCGAGAAAGCCUGAUCUUCCGCUAUAUCUCCUCGAACGCCACAGCUGGACGGAACCGCAGAAUCAUGCGGGCAAUCUUCGCCAAUGGCAAAUCCAAUCUCGGCGAGUUCAAGGAAGUAUUCAAGGAUGAGCUGAGAAUUCCUAUUCCAGACCAAGACCCGCAUAAUACCAAAAAGAGGGCAGGCGAUAUCAACCUCGACAAGGAUGACUACGGCGACUACCUGAAUGUUUCAGACGAGGAUCUCGAAGCUGAUCGAAGCUCAACAUCGACAUCACCUCCAGCCAAGGGAUCGAAUCCCGGCAAGCCACGGCGUAGCAAGCGCACCCGACGAGGAACGCGAAACGCAAUGGACGAAGCCACAGACCCAGUCAAGAUGCCCAAAGCAAGCCAAACACCCUCUCACGAAUCCAAUAUAUUCCUGCUAGGCGGCUACACCUCCCUCGCCCUCCGCCAGCAACUCCUCAGCAUCCUCUCCAACGUCUCAGAGAAACUGCCCCGAGACUUCAUGCCCCUAGACAACCUCUACGACAUGUUCGUCGAGAACAUCCGCGACCUCUCCCUCCCAAUCUUCCAACACUUCAUCAGCCCUUCCAACCUCCCGCACCUCCUCCCCGAAGCACACUCCACUCUCUGCGAACUCCUCCUCUUCGUCCUCCGCGAGAGCUCCGCCCCCAGCUCCGACGAUAACUACCUUACCCAGGCGAAGCUGGAGAAAUGCUUCCUCCCCUACGCGGCGGCUACCCCGAGCGUCGGGAACAAUGCCAAGGUCUCCCUUCUACUUGAGGCGUUGAUGACACUCCUGUAUAAGAGCAAGAUGCUCUCUGUAACCCCGUCGCUGGCGAAAGCUGUCCAGUCUGGGAUUGCGCGUCGUGAGCAGACUAAUAGUCGUGAUCGGAAAUCGGUUGAAUGGGCUUACUUGCAGGAGAGUGGGUUUAGGAUGAAGUUCAUGGUCGAGCAUAUCUUGCCAUGA